AUGUCUCGGAUAGGCCUACCGGCCAUUACAUUGUGGAAACUAUUGUCUGCGACAGAUCGCAACUUUGUGUUUUAUGAUGACAAUCAAACAAUGAUUGGCGUCGUGCGCACGGGUAAGAAUCCAACUAUGCGUCACCUCGAACGAUCUCAUGGCAUUUGCAUUGCGUGGAUGCAUGAGGUGUUCCAGGAGGGUUAUGUCGGCCUGGCAUAUGAGGUCACCGCGAAGAUGGCGGCUGACAUACACACUAAAGCGUUCAAGGAUGGCAUAUCAUGGGCGCACGCGUGCCAGCUCAUUAACAUUUUCCCUCCUGAGCAGCUUAACACGGUUGACAUCAUGGACAUGAUGAAGCCUACGCAUGACCAGGUUGCGGAUGCUAAGGGCAAAAGCCAACGCGUUCAAAAUUACCGGAAUCAGACCCCGUGCUUUCCCUCUACUGAAACCCCGAUAUUGCCUGAAGAACUUUAUCGGGCGGGCCUUUCCAGUAAGGAAGGCCUGCAGGAAGUCGAUGGAUGUGAUCCCAUCGUUGUUGUCAAGUUUCCUCGCAUGUUACGCCCGCCGCCGGCCGCUAUUCCGCCUGGUCGUUACCUACGUUCUACGUGGGUGUUGCGUGAAGGCAAGUGG